AUGGAGCAAUCAUUUUGGAUUAAGCUUCGUUAUUCCGCUGACAACGAUAACGAUAGCGAUGAUUUCGGAAGAAAUCUAAUAAAGCCACGUGUUCAUCUCAAAUUUUCUAAAACAUUCGGAGGUAUCGUGACCAGUCCUAAAGUUGCUUCACCAUCAGCAUAUGAUUGGAAGUUGAUCGGUUAUCGUCCAUUGGAAUGGAUAUUAUCUGGAGAUAUAAAUUAUUGGUUGAAGAUUUCGAUCAAAUCCAUCGAAAUUCCUGAUGAGAGAGAAAAAAAUUUGGAUGACGAUGAACGAGAAUCGUUGAAGGGCCUAAUUGUGCAGGAUUUUUCAUUUAACAUUUGUUAUAGUUCAUGCACACUUAAUCAACGGAGUCAAUUAUGUGGAUCAAUUAUUGCCAGUCAUGCCGGCUAUAAUGCCCCAAAGGAUUUCGUUACAGAUUUCAUAAUCAAAACCCACAUUGCGACAGUUUUAUUCAGUGCUCCUGCGGGUAGUUCAUUCUCGUUAACUUGGAAGCAAUUAUUGGUGCAUCAAGCGAAGGUGGAAAUAUCUUCGAAUAAUAUAAGCCAAAGUGAUGCGUCCCAGUUCACUUGUGGAGAGCAAUUACAACCUACAUAUCAAGCCAAGUACUUAAAAGUGCCAGCUGAAAAUGAAUCUGAUGAAUUGUUUGAUAUAGCGCAAAGUUUUGCGAACAUGGUUUCAUGGAGAGAUAUGCGUCGCUAUAGAUACAAAUCUGGUUAUGCUAAUAAUUUGAAAUGUCGAUGGAGUAUUGUUCGUCCAAAGUUCACUGGCAUAUCGUUGAAAGUGAUUUCACUGGAUUUGGAAGAACAUAUUAACUGCAAUUAUGAUUAUAUUGCAUACUCGAUUGGCGAUAUAGAUUUCAAAGAUGGGCAAAUAAGGUAUUUAUGUGAAGAAUAUUUCCAGCAUUUAUAUUUUGCCGAUGGCAAUUACAUCAAAUUAUGUAAACAUAAGGAUAUUGGAUUCGAAGAAACGUAUAGAAAUGGUGAAAUUAUUUAUAUAUACUUCAUAACCGAUCGCAAUAGAAGUGGGAAAGGAUUCGUCAUCGAAUAUAAAUUGGCAUGCCUUUCAUUCGAUUAUAUCUUCACUUCAAUGGGAAUUCUGGAUGAGAUUGUGCAUAGCCCGAACUACCCAGAUAAAUAUCCAGCAAAUCUUACUUGUAAUUGGUCAAUAGUUUUGGAAAGCAAUCGUGCAAUCUUGGCGAAAUUUGUUGACAUGGACAUCGAAGAAGCUGUCAGUUGUGCUAAAGACAGCAUCACUUUGCAAGAAGGUUAUAUGGCUGUUGACGAUCCAAACAAGAGAUUGUGUGGUAAACAAAGCGAUUGGAAUGAAACUUUUACGAGUGGAAGAGUUUUCAUAUCUUUCAUCACGGACGCAUCAGUAAACAAAAAGGGAUUCGCCCUUCGUUUAAUGGAACAGAUUCAUGAUUGCAGCUCCGAUCGUUUGACUAUAAAUGAAGGUGAUUGGCCGAAGGUGCUUCAUUCGCCGAAUUUUCCUAAAUUAUCCCCGAAUUCACUGGAUUGUCAGUGGGUAAUAAACGCGCCAGUCGGACAUCGAAUCCAAUUCAGUGUAGAUCCUCUUACUUUUGACCUGCAAGAUACUUCUGGCAAUAACUCGUACGCACUUUUUUCGAAACAUCUUUACAGAUGUAUAGAUGAUUAUCUUGAAGUUCGAGACGGCCCAUCGAAAAAUUCGCCGUUGUUCGGAAUAUAUUGCAGAAGAGAGCCACCAAGCACAAUUUUUAGCUCUGGAUCUUAUUUGUACAUCAGAUAUCGAACGGAUUCUUACAUUGAAUCAACAGGAUUCAAUUCUACAUACGAAAUUGCAACGUGCGGAGGAACUGUCGUUUUAGCUACAAAUAAAACAAGUUUCAUACGGAGCCCCAAUUUUCCAGAUCCAUAUCCAAGCAAAGUCGAGUGCACUUGUUUCGCACAUCUGUGGCUAACAUAUAAAGAAAAUUGUUCAGCCGAUAGUAUCACUAUGAGAGAACACAAUGCUACUGGAGAAUAUAUAUUGAAACCGACUUGCGCAAGUAUUACUGUUAUUGGAAAAUUUUUUCAAACUCGUCGUAAUAUAAUGAGCGUUUUCUUUCAAAGUCAGAACAACCAAGCUCGAAGCAGCCGAAUGUUCUGUCUACAACGCAAAUGUGGAUUCGAGAUUGUCUUCAAACCAAGUCAAAUAGAUCAUCUGAUGCCACAAAUUGCCUGUGAUUGGAAAUUUAAAGCUGGAAUCGGUUAUCGAUACGUUUUAGACUUUUCAUUCACAAAACAUCAAAACUUUUAUCAAACUGCUUUUGAUCAAACCGGCUGUUACCCAGAUGUUGUGGUGAGAAAUGGUGUGCAUGAUUUGCCAUAUUUUUAUGGUUUAAAUCGUCACAAUUUUUGUGAAAAUAAAACGAGAUUCAUCUCAUCAGCUGAUGUCCUUUCAUUAACUUAUGAUGAUCGAAUGACCCAUUUUGCCAAACGAGAACUGUUCACUUCUAAUAGAAAUUCUGAAAGAAUUUACGCACCAUUUAGAAUCGAAUAUUUAAAAGUGCCACAAGAUUAUGAUUCAAAUUCAUGCAUGUAUCAUAUAACCACAAAUUUAACCAUCAUUAUCAAUGAAACAGAUAACUUAGAAUAUUCGAUUCGAUUUAAUCCAAAAGGUUAA